CUUUUUGAAGAGGCCGCUGUUUGCUCGGGUCAAUAAAAGUUCACAAAUUAUAUUCUGGCUUGUGAUAAGCCGGGCAGUAUUCAACUUUCAUCUCGAUUGUCGGGCAUUAAACGUAGCGUGUGCGUUUUCAAAUCCGAUCAUUUGUCACCGAAACACCCCCGGGAACAGUUGGAAAAUUCAUCUCGCCAACGGUUGGCUUUGUUUUUGACUUGAAAAACAUGGUUUUCAUUACGAAAUUUGCAAGGAUUGGGCUGCAGGCCGCCCGCCAGGUAAGUGCCACGCCCCUUGGCGGCGUCCAGGCCCGCGCCUUUCACCUGACAAGCCUCCUCGCCAAAGAACGCCGAUACACAAACAAACACGAGUGGGUGGAGGUGGUAUCGGGCAGCAAUGCCAUAAUUGGCAUCUCCAGUUACGCCCAGGAGGCUCUCGGGGAUGUGGUGUUCGCUCAGCUCCCAGAACCCGGCACGGAACUCAAACAGGAUGACGAAUGUGGAGCCCUGGAGAGCGUUAAAGCGGCCAGCGAGGUGUAUUCACCAGUUAGCGGCAAGGUGAUCGAAAAGAAUGCUCAGGUGGAGGACACACCGGCCCUGGUAAACAGUAGUUGCUAUGAGAAGGGCUGGCUCUUCAAGGUAGACCUGAAGGAUCCCAAGGAACUCGAAGCCCUCAUGACCGAGGAUCAGUACAAAGCCUUUCUGAGCAGCAGUGGUGAUCACUAGAACUAACAGCUAAUCCUAACCCCAAAGCAUCUUUGCUGUAGCCUUUAAAACGAGUAAACUAGCAUUUGUUAUCAGCUGAAAAACGCUACACUCAUACCCAAAAACUCAUCGUCAUACACAUGUUGUUGUAGCUCUUGAAAUUUGUUACGAAUAAGAAUCAACAGUAAAUCCAAA